AUGCCCUCAAAAUCUACCAACUCUCCCGUUUCCAGGACUGCUGAUGCUCCUAUUGUCGGCAAGAGCAAGCUUGAGGCACGAGUGACCGGUGAGAAGGUCACCAACGGUGUCGCCCGCUUCGACAACUCCAACAUCCAGGACGGAGUUGGCAGCGGUGUUGAUUCUUACACCAUGUACUGGGGAGACGGAAGCACUGGAGCUGGUUGGCCCGCUCAGAGCCGCUGGGUGUCCUUCCAGAACAUGUUUGACAACUACAAGAACCAGAUGUUUGCUGCGUGCCAAAACCUGCCCACCCCCCAGGCCAACGACAGCGGCCCAGAGGUUGGAGCUAUCUGGGACGGCAUUCAAGCAGCUGCAGCAGCUACUGGUGUUGAUCACCGCUUGAUUCUUGCCGUGAUUAUGCAGGAGUCUCACGGAUGCGUUCGAGUGCAUACUACGAAUGGGGGGGUCAGGAAUCCGGGCCUAAUGCAAGAUCAUAACGGCAGCGCGACUUGUAAUGAAAAUGGCAACGUCAAAAAUCCUUGCCCUUCUGCCACGAUUUAUCAGAUGAUUCUUGAGGGAACCGCUGGAACUACCAGUGGAGAUGGCCUUGCAAACUGUAUCAACCAAUCUGGCCGCAGUGAUGUGUCAGCGUUCUACCGCGCUGCUCGUAUCUACAACUCUGGAUCGAUAUCCAAGACCGGGCAGCUCCAGAAUGGUAUUGCCACUCACUGCUACGCCAGUGAUAUUGCCAACCGUUUGACUGGUUGGGUGAAUGCCCCCAGCAAAUGCAAUUGCGACGGUAACCCCGGCAGCUGCGGAAUUACCACCAACUAA